CAACGUCAGAAUAUACGCGGAUGCCGUUAUCAACCACAUGACGGGAGUAGGUGGGUCCGGCACGGGGACAGCGGGAUCCCACUGGGACGGAGACAGCCUGUCGUAUCCCGGGGUUCCAUUCUCUGCCUGGGACUUCAACUCUGGAAGCGAGUGCCACAGCAGCGAUAUGAACAUUCACGACUACAACAACGCCGAGGAAGUCCGCAACUGUCGCCUGGUCAGUCUCGCUGACCUGAAACUCAGCAAGAACUACGUCCGGGAUGAAAUUGCUGGCUACAUGAACCAUCUAAUCAACAUUGGCGUGGCUGGGUUCCGAGUAGACGCCGCCAAACAUAUGUGGCCCGGAGAUCUCAGAUCGUUGUUCGGAAAACUUACUAAUCUAAACUCGGGGGUAUUCGGUUCGGGAGUGAAACCGUUUAUCUUCCAGGAAGUGAUUGAUAUGGGUUCGGAGCCGAUUAGUGCAUCCGAAUACAUAGGGAUCGGGCGAGUUACGAACUUUAUUUUCGGCGCGAAACUUGGACAGGUUUUUCGAAAUGAAAACAAGGCGAGCUAUCUUCACAACUGGGGUGAGGCUUGGAAUAUGCCCAACUCUAAUGACGUCGUUGUGUUUAUUGAUAACCAUGACAACCAGAGAGGACACGGAGGAGGAGGUGGUCCAAUAACCCACUUCGAGCCACGCCCAUACAAACUCGCCACCACCUUCAUGUUGGCCCAUCCAUACGGGUUCACGCGCCUCAUGAGCAGCUACAACUUUGACAGGUCAAAUACUGACCAGGGCCCCCCUCAUCACGGUGACACAAUCAAUGACGUCACCAUUAACGGUGAUCAAACGUGUGGUAACGGAUGGGUAAGUUAUCUAUAUGUUCUCAAUUACUUACGGAUACCAACUACAACCAGUGCCUACAAUCACAAUAGGUACCUAUUGCUACACAACAUCAUUCCGACAGUGAUAGGCAUUCGUCUUCGAGCCCUGUAUAUUGCUUUAUACUAUCAUACUUUGUAUACCGUUCAUGUUGAAUACGAGUUCGAUAAGGUAAGGUCGUAUGCGAGAAUGGAAAUAAUUAUGUGUGGCAGAUUAAAUUGUACGUAGUAUUACGAUCGCCUU